AUGGACCGAUCUCUGGCAUCUUCUGGCUGGGAAGGAGCUAUCAAAGCCAGAAUCUGGCCCUUGGGCACUGAGCUUCCCCGUUCUCCAGGGACUGCUCGCAGACUCGGGCGUGAGCAGGCUCCAUCCCCAAUUGCUUUGAUCCAGGCUAAAGAGAUAACAAGGCACAGCGUUGCCUUGGCUUGGCUGGAACCUGACAGGCCAAAUGGAGUCAUCCUGGAGUACGAAGUCAAAUAUUAUGAAAAGGACCAAAACGAGCGCAGCUAUCGCAUUGUGAAGACGGCCUCCAGGAAUACUGACAUCAAAGGCUUGAACCCCCUGACUUCGUAUGUAUUUCACGUGCGGGCCAGGACAGCAGCAGGAUAUGGAGACUUCAGUGGACCAUUUGAGUUCACAACUAACACAGUUCCUUCCCCCAUCAUUGGCGAUGGUACCAAUCCCACAGUGCUUCUUGUUUCAGUGGCUGGCAGCGUUGUUCUUGUGGUCAUUCUCAUUGCAGCCUUUGUCAUCAGCAGGAGGCGCAGUAAGUACAGUAAGGCUAAGCAAGAGGCAGAUGAGGAGAAACAUUUGAACCAAGGUGUUAGAACAUAUGUGGAUCCUUUUACAUAUGAGGAUCCAAACCAAGCUGUGAGGGAAUUUGCCAAAGAAAUUGAUGCCUCCUGCAUAAAGAUUGAAAAAGUUAUUGGUGUGGGGGAAUUUGGUGAAGUAUGCAGUGGACGUCUCAAAGUGCCAGGAAAAAGAGAGAUCUGUGUUGCUAUCAAGACUCUAAAAGCUGGUUACACUGAUAAACAAAGGAGAGACUUCCUGAGUGAGGCCAGCAUCAUGGGACAAUUUGACCACCCCAAUAUCAUCCACUUGGAAGGUGUAGUUACUAAAUGUAAACCGGUAAUGAUCAUAACUGAGUACAUGGAGAAUGGCUCCUUGGAUGCCUUCCUCAGGAAGAAUGAUGGCAGAUUUACAGUCAUCCAGUUGGUGGGGAUGCUUCGUGGCAUUGGCUCAGGAAUGAAGUAUCUGUCUGACAUGAGCUAUGUGCAUCGGGAUUUAGCUGCUCGGAACAUACUAGUCAACAGCAACUUGGUCUGCAAAGUGUCUGACUUCGGCAUGUCCCGUGUCCUGGAAGACGACCCUGAAGCAGCUUAUACCACACGGGGUGGCAAGAUCCCCAUCAGGUGGACUGCACCAGAGGCAAUUGCCUACCGUAAGUUUACAUCGGCUAGUGAUGUGUGGAGCUAUGGCAUCGUCAUGUGGGAAGUGAUGUCCUACGGAGAAAGACCUUACUGGGAUAUGUCCAAUCAAGAUGUUAUUAAAGCCAUUGAAGAAGGGUAUCGGCUGCCGCCCCCGAUGGACUGCCCCAUUGCUCUCCAUCAGCUGAUGUUAGACUGCUGGCAGAAGGAACGCAGCGACAGGCCUAAAUUUGGACAGAUCGUCAACAUGUUGGACAAACUCAUCCGCAACCCCAACAGCCUGAAGAGGACAGGCAGCGAGAGCUCCAGACCUAGCACAGCCCUGCUGGAUCCCAGCUCCCCUGAGUUCUCGGCGGUUGUUUCUGUCGGUGAUUGGCUCCAAGCCAUCAAAAUGGAGCGAUACAAGGAUAACUUCACAGCUGCUGGCUAUACCACCCUAGAGGCUGUGGUGCAUAUGAACCAGGAUGACCUGGCAAGGAUCGGGAUCACUGCCAUCGCGCACCAGAACAAGAUCUUGAGCAGCGUUCAAGCAAUGCGCACCCAAAUGCAACAGAUGCACGGCAGGAUGGUUCCCGUCUGAGCCAGUACUGAAUAAACUCAAAACUCUUGAAAUUAGUUUACCUCAUCCAUGCACUUUAAUUGAAGAACUGCACUUUUUUUACUUCGUCUCCUCGCCCGUCGAAAUAAAGAUCUGCAGCAUUGCUUGAUGUACAGAUUGCGGAAACCGAGCGUGUGUGUUGGGAGGGGGGCCUCCAGAAAUGACAAGCCGUCAUUUUAAACCAGACCUGGAACAAAUUGUUUCUUGGAACAUACUUCUCUGUUGAUCAACGAUAUGUAAAAUACAUGUAUCUAUAUAAAUAUAAAGUCACAUUCAAGUUUUGAUGCUAUGUUUGCUGCCAGAUACUGUGCUUAAAAAAAAAAAACGAAAUUACUUUCCUUCUCCCUGUGACCCGUAGGAUUACAACCAUAGUGUUUUAUUUGUGGGUGAAACCACCGUUGUGCAUCUUUCACUGGAAUGAAGAAUCUGCCCUAGGAUAUUUUUUGCAGACUUGAUGCAUCACUAAUACCUUGCAGAAACCUCAGUGAGAAUAUCAUUUGGCUAAUCAGUGCCUGUCGAUUAGUAAUCUACCCAUUUACGGGCUUGAGACGUGAAAUGACCCACCUCGUGGAUUACUGGGCAAAACUGGACUUCUGGGGACAUUAUUGGCUGUUGUUGUGCCGUGCU